AUGGCACCCACGCUCGCCACCGCCCACCGCCGGCGCUGGUGGAUGGCGUUCACGGCCAUCAUCGAGAACCUGUUCUUCUCCGCCGUCCUGCUGGGCUGGGGGUCCCUGCUCAUCAUGCUGAAGGCAGAAGGGUUUUACUCCUACCUCUGCCAAGAGUCGGGAAACUCCACGGGCAGCCCUGAGCACGAGAACAGCACGGCGGCAGAGCACAAGUGGCCAACGUGCAACGCCCAGGACGAGAUGCUGAACCUGGCCUUCACCAUCGGCUCCUUCCUGCUCAGCGCCAUCACGCUGCCCCUGGGCAUCGUCAUGGACAAGUACGGCCCUCGCAAGCUGCGGCUGCUGGGCAGCGCCUGCUUCUCUGUGUCCUGCGUGCUGAUCGCAUACGGUGCCAGUAACCCAGACUCUCUGUCUGUGCUGAUAUUCAUUGCGCUGGCUCUGAACGGCUUUGGUGGGAUGUGCAUGACCUUCACAUCGCUCACGCUGCCCAACAUGUUUGGUGACCUUCGUUCCACGUUCAUUGCUCUGAUGAUUGGCUCCUAUGCUUCCUCUGCUGUGACCUUUCCAGGAAUCAAGGUUAUAUAUGACUUUGGGGUCUCCUUCAUCCUCAUUCUGCUCGUGUGGGCAAGCUGUGCGGGACUGGUUUUCCUCAACUGUUUCUUCAACUGGCCACUGGAGCCUUUCCCGGGACCAGAAGACAUGGACUACACGGUGAAAAUAAAGUUCAGCUGGCUGGGAUUUGACCACAAGAUCACCGGGAAGCAGUUCUACAAGCAAGUCACGACCGUGGGACGCCGUCUCAGUGUGGGGAGCUCCAUGAAGGGCCCCAAGGAGCUGACAGCCUUGCAAGAGAACAACAAGCUCUGUCUGUCCACGGUGGACCUCGAAGUGAAGUGCCAGCCCGACAGCUCAGCUUCUCCCUCCUUCAUGAAGAGUGUCUUCAGUCCCAUCUUGCUGCUCAGCCUCAUCACCAUGUGUGUCACUCAGCUGCGGCUCAUCUUCUACAUGGGGGCCAUGAAUACCAUCCUUGAGUUUCUGUCUGGAGAUGAAGAUCAAGUGAGUCUCUACACUUCCAUUUUUGGGGUACUGCAACUGCUGUGCUUGCUGACGGCGCCUGUGAUCGGGUACAUCAUGGACUGGCGGCUGAAAGAAUGCGACGAUGGCUCGGAAGAGAACGAGGAGAGCAACGCUGAGCAAGGUGACAAGAAAAAGAAAAAACGUGAUCGUCAGAUCCAGAAAAUCACCAACGCCACCAAUGCCUUUGCAUUCACGAAUGUCCUGCUGGUCGGAUUCGGAGUCACCUGUCUCAUUCCUAAUCUACCGUUGCAGAUUCUUUCCUUCAUUUUGCACACAAUCGUGAGAGGAUUCAUCCACUCAGCGGUGGGAGGCCUCUACGCAGCUGUAUACCCCUCUACUCAGUUUGGCAGCUUGACAGGGUUGCAGUCGUUGAUCAGUGCCCUUUUCGCCCUUCUGCAGCAGCCUCUGUUCAUGGCAUUGACAGGACCUUUGGAAGGAGACCCUCUCUGGGUAAACGUCGGCUUGCUCGGUGUGAGCUUACUGGGCUUCUGCCUUCCGAUCUACCUGGUCUGCUACAAACGCAGGCUAGAGAGAGAAAAGAAACAGAAGAAUGACGAUGCCAAACUCUUCCUCAAAAUCAACGGCACUCCCAAUGAGGAAGCCUUCGUUUAAACUGGUGCUUCAAAUUCAACCUCCCCUCUACAGGUUCCUACCACAUCCGUGGGUUAUACCUGUGGUGUAAGCCAGGCUUUUUCUCUCCUGGCUCUGCCAGUCCUUGCUCAUCACUGGAGUGAGAACCAGACAUCAUGACUGAGCUUUCCUCAGAUAUAUGGCAGGAGGAGACUUCCCACUCCUUACUCCAGAACACAAGACACUUUUUUCCUUUUUAUAAAGGCCACGCAGGUAUUGUGUCUUCAGUUAUCCCCUGAUCACACUCUCCAGGUGCCAAGGCUCUUCAUAGGAAACUGGGGAGAGAAGGAAGAGGGAUGGGGGAAGAGGGAAGAAAGACUGUAAUUUGAAUUGUAAACAUGACACACUGAAGUCUGUUUUCCCCCCUCUUCCCUCAACCUUGUCUGACUGUCUCAGAUGCAAGCUGCACUCUCCUCCCUUCCUGAGGUUUCAUAAUGGUCUUUCUGCUUGAUAUGUAGCUGGACCCAACAGUUUUACUGCCUAUCCAGACAUAUCCCAGACUGUUUUUGAGGCAGGGAAGGGAAUUUAUACCUACGUGUAUGAGCACAGCUUCAGUGUUUUGCUAAAUGUUGGCUGCUAGCACUGACGGCUCCCAAACCUUUUAUUACUGCAAUGAAACAGACUGUGAGCAAUGGAUCUGCCUUCCACACUGAAAUGGAGACCCUACUGGACUGCUUGGUCCUACACCAAGUUUUCAAAGGCCUGGAAUUCCUCCUCUUCCCAGCCUGAAAGCCACCUCUAUGCGUUGUAAACUGCCUGCAGUCCUGGAACUGUUGAGAUAGGAAUUGGAUCUUGUUUACCGAUGAAGUGCUUUGAGACUUGUUGCCUUUUGCCUCUUUCUCCCUCCAAUGUGACCCCAGGAGGGGAGCAGCAGCGUGUAUUUACUAAAGUGGAAAGACAUCUUGAAGCUGGGUUCUGGGGCUCCAAAUACCUUGGUGUUCACAUGUCAUAAUCUGACUUCUUGUUGAAGAACGUCAAGAAUACAGAACACUCCUUGUGUCUGGUAACUGGAUCCUGUGGAUGUAUGUUAGGGUGAUGUGGGAAAGUAAUUCUUCCUCUAGCCAUAGCUUAUCUACGUUGUUAUGAUAAUAGCCCCCAAGCUGCUGAACACCAGGUUACUCUGACUGACCAAAAAGCUGCUGGUUUGGCUGUAUAAAGAGCCUUCUACAAUGUCAAUGCUCUGUCUGGACAGAGUAUGUGGUGAUUGAUUGUAUGGUGAAGCUGACUUAUAGAGCAAUACAUGUGGGUAAAGGUGCCCCAGGGCCUGUUUGCCAUGGAGGGAAUACAAAGGGAAUUCUUAACCUGCUUAUUUUUAUAGUGGUUUUCCUAGUUCUUGCCUAAAUUAGACUUUUCUCCCCUUAACCUCGCUGAUGUCAGUAGCUCAGCCUCUGCAACUAGCAUUAGCCACCACACCGUGCGGACCUGCUUGGAGCAGGGCUGUGUGGCGUUGGGAAUGAGCAUCACCGUGGGGUGUGCAGCACUGCGCGUGCCGGGCUGAGCUAGUGGCUGCGGGGAGGUUGGCAGGGAGAAAUAAACCAAUUAUGAAAUUGUACUGGUGGUGUCUUCUGAACUGCCAACUCUUGCAUUACUGCAAAGCCUGGCGGAGGGUAAGUCAUUCAACUCCUUUAUGUCUGGUUGGAGAAGGACAAGGCUCAAUCCCUGCUCUGUUUGUUAGCUCUAAGCCGGGGAUUAGAAGCAUCAGUGCGCUUGGACCGCCCUGUGAGAAAUUACCUGGGAACUGGGUGUUAACUCAGUUCCUGGUGGUUUGGAGCAUGCUCAGCCCAACCUGGUCUUCACCUUCAUAAAUUUCAAGCCUGGUGAUUUACGCAGAGCUUCGGAGGACGGCUGCGGGCCCCCCCCGGUGCCUUGGCAGCGCAGGAUGACGAGGCGGCUGUGAGGCAGCAGCGCCAUCUUGAGUCGCUGCCCUCAGCCGCCCUGCGGGCAGCUCGGUUGCUGCUCCACGCCAUGGUACCUUUAGUCUUCAGUCACUUGUUUUAAAAUGACUUGCCACUUGAGCAUUUUACACGUUUGUGGAUUAUUUUUUUUUUUUAAUCUGUUGCCUUUAUUAAAUGUGUUUGUUCCAAGACAGCCUUAUUGCCUGCUGUCAACACUGCUGUUCUAAAACUUCAUUAUUUUUUUUUGGCCUCCAGCUUUGGUGAUGAUUUGCUGACCGUCCCAGCUUUUUACCUUUUGUGAUGAGUGGUAAUUAAGGAAGCAGCGUUUUGAUUUGAUUUCCAUUUCGCCUGGAACUGUCUCAAAUACAUGGCCAGAGACCUACCAGCAGUAGUACAACUUUCCUAGAUUUCCAGAGGGCUUUUUGCAGGUUUCUGCAUUCCACGUUAUUAUACUUGCUCCUUCUAAAUAUUUUGAGACGAAUCCUGCUCUUGCUCCAAGAUACUUGUCACAUGAGAAUGAUGGGUUAUGCAUUUUUUAAUUUUUUUUAGUAAGAUAUCAGACAGGUGUCUGAGCCCCGGUCCUCAGCCUUGCAGUAUCUUAAAAUAGACAUCUCUUGGAGGACGUCAGUGUGCUAAUUCAGCAUCACUUCCACUUCAGGUUCAAAAUAUUGAACAUGAUAUCUUCCACCCUUCUGUCAUUUGAAUUCCUGAUACAAAUGUCUCUGCAGAAUGGUGGAAGACAAGUGGCAUAUUCUCAUGAAGAAACAGUGGGGAUGCCGAUGCCUUUGAAGCAUAUGCAGCUAAAUUAAACAGAGAGCACCCUUUUAUUCCUGCCAUCUUCCUCCCUACUGCAAUUCUCAGUUCCUGCCCUUUUUAGGGGUGUCCUCUAAUCCAGUUUCAUCUGAUAAAAUAUUGGGUAUAUGUAAUUGUUGUCUCUGUGGCUGGUGUGCCAUGAUGUGUAGAAGCUGCCGGUCAGCUGUGAGGAACAGGGCUCGUGCCUUUGAGUCACAGUUCCAGGCUCUGUUCUUAGACUGAGAGUAAAGUGUGCCUUUGGCUUGCAGUUAUGAGGACUGGUGGAUACACAAUGAUGUUUUAGUUGUUUAGGGUUAAAGGGACAAAUGGGAAUCCUUUUCAUGCAGCCCAAAGUCAAACCGUGAAAUGUAUUGCUGUAGAAUGUGGUAGGGAACAAAAGCGUUUAUUUUUUUUUAUUUUUUUAAAACAAGGGGCUGGUUAAACAGUGGUCUGAUGCAUCCAAUAACUCAGGGAGAUUUUAAGUUGCUGUAAAUAAGAAAGUUAUGCCAAGGAAAGAUUGCUUUUCUGCAUACUCUGUCUCUUCAAGAAUAUGCUAUUGGUCAAAGAUUGAGAAAAUACAUGCUGGGCUAGGUGGAACGCUGAUCUGAUCUCAUGGGGUGUAAUUUACUAUGACAGCUGUGAACUAAAUUAAUUUUAAAAGCAGUCUCAAACUUGUCUACAAAACUGAAUCUGCAUGCUAGAUGUGCACAUCCUCUACUAAUUGUGGCAUAACUGCUUAAAUGCUGUACCUUCUGCAGGGGUCGGCUCUAAGAAGUUAAUCAAUCAGAAUAUUCUGGCUUCAGCCUUUUCUAAAUGUUGCCUUGGAUGCUACAGAAACAAAUUCUGUUGAGCUGGUCUUGUUAAGCAUGAUUGUUCAGGGGCAGUUUGCCUUUUUUGUUGAUGCUUAUGGAAAUGUAAUAAUUACAUACAUUUGGAAUGGAAAAUAGCAUUGCUGCUUUCUAGCCAAGUGAUGCAGGACUAAGAAAAUUCCCUGUGCACUCUGCUGUGUGCAUGAGCCAUCCUGUGGAAAAAAUAAGUGGGCUACCAAAUACUAGAGAGCCACAUCAAUUAGAUCAAUAAUGCAUUUACUUUUAUAACUCAAAUAUAGGUCAAUAUGUUUAAGUAGUUUCAUUAUUCCUAAAUGCUGGAAUUGGUAGAACUUUUCUAUGCCCUUUUCCCUAUCACUCGUAUUAGACGGGUGAGGAGGUGGUCAUGGAAAAAGUCUCAUCCCCUCAGUACAAGCAUCCCCACCCGAAUGUAAUGAAGCAGAAACCUAAGCUGUGGGUGCCUGCUGUUUGUAGGAGCCUUCCAUCAGGGGCGUUGGUGUGUAAAGGUGACUCUACCUUCUGGAAAUGCCACUCCUGGUCUCUACAAACCCUCAUGCAUUUAAUAUGCUUAUAUAUAUAUAUUUUUUUUUAGAAAAACUGAAUGGGGAAGGAAGGGUGAUUGCUUUUUCCUUUCACUAAUUUGUCAGUAACUAAGCCCCAUCAACAACAAUCUACAAAGUACAUCAACAAGCAGUGCAUGCUGCCAUUAAGAGUAGCAGAGAAUAACUGUGGUGUUUUUUCUAAUCAGGACUGGUAAGUGUAUUCAGUUACUGACAGAGUAUCUGGAUUCCUAAGAUGUAACUGGACACAUGUACAAAAAUAAGAAAAGAACAAGUCUUGCUGGGAGUCCAACUUAAUUGCAACACAGCUACAAGUGCAAUGUUUAACUUCCACAACACAGCCUGAGCUCUUCAUGCUCUGUCUACAAAGGAAAAUUGUAGGAUAACGAGAUUUUUAACUAAGACAGUAAAUCACUAAAAUGUUUUAAAGUAAGAAAUUUCCCUCUUGACAGGCUGAUGGAUUUGGGAAAUACGCCACAAAAUAUAAAGCAGAUAUUGCAAGGGGAAAAGAAAAACUUCAAGUUUUGUUAAAUUUCUGCUUUGAGCGGUUUUUUCCUGCAUCUGCAGAGCUUUUUCUAUUUCCCUACUUCCCAGUUUAGAAGCGCAAACUUAUUCGUAAUAGAAAAUAAUAUUACACUAAGGUUACUGAUGGGAAGGGCCUGAAAAAAAAACAAACCCAACACCAACAAUUAAAAAAAAAAAAAAAAAAAGACGCUCCUGAUGACAUGUCACCAUUACAAUCUCUGGAAAUAGCUGAAACAAUGAUGUAUUAUGUAGAUGCAUUCUGACACAGUAAUUAUAAACCCUACAGCUUGUUUUUCUACCUGUGCGGCUCUGCCUGUCUCUGCACAAUCUGUUUUUAUCAGGUGUGCUGUGCUUCAUGCUGUUGUCCUCUUCCUAGCACCUGACCCUCAUCAACUUGCUUUUUAUUCCUGGAAUAAUCCCCCCACCUUUUUUUUUAGCUGUCCCUCCUUUACAACCUGACAGCCUCCACUUUUUCCUUUCCCCGAGAUUUUUGUUUUGUGGCGUGUCUGUCAAAGCUGAAAUGUAAGCGCCCUGUGGCAGGCCAGCAUCAUCUUUUGUGUGUCUGUAAGGUGAUGUGCAUUCUUGCAGUGCUAUCUAAAAAUAAAUGUGGUAUUAAGUUAA